AUGGAGGCGGAUUCUGGAAUGGACGUGGCCUGGUGCCUCACCUGUUCCAAGCGGACUCGUGAUGCUCGCAACACCUACUGCUCGGACGCCUGUCGUGAAGCAGAUAGCGGAGCUACGCCCUCUUCCUCCAAAAUACCAAUCACAUCCCCCGUCCCGCCUGCCCUCUACCCCUCAUCAUCCGUGAAAUCGCUGGAUCGUCGACGAUCUAGCGCUUCACCCACCAAGCCGAGCGCGCCUCGUCCACCACUCGCUACACGCGCCGCUACCUUCCUACCGCCAGCGUCAGAAGCAGAUUUCGCGCCCGUCAUUCCCGCCGGAGCACCCCGCGAUCGGCGAGCAUUCUCCUUCCCCUCUGCCCCAAAUUCCCCGCCUAUGCUGUUCCCUCUUCGAGAGCAUCGCAAGAGCACCGUCCUCCCUGCGUUCGCCCGGCGGGAAAUCGUGGCGAACAUGACGCCGAAAUCGCCGGGUCUGACAUCGGUCAAGGAGGACGGGCGGAGAUAUAAGGAUAUAUUGGCCAAGCGGCUAGCCAGGUCGACGGGUGGGGCCAACACCCCAGGCACCGCGCCCGAGUCGGUCUUCCUAUCCACAUCAGAGAGCAGCGAUGGGGAGGACGACGAGCCUAUCAAGCCUGUCGGAAUCACCCCUCCCCUCCUCCCGGUCCGAGCGGUUUCUGGCGGCAGUGCAACCGCCCAGGUAUCCACACUCCGCUCCCACCUCUCCCUCGGUCGCACCAACUCUCUCCAGACCCGCAGCACGUCGACCUCCCCCGUCGCCGCGAUGGUUGCCUCAUCGGCCUCAUCUCGAAGUCGGGAGGAUAUCAUCUCCUGGGCGCGCUCCAUCAAUCGCCGGGACGGAGAUGAGGCUGAGGACGAUAAGCCGCGCGGCCGUCCCCGGACCAAGCGGAUCAGCAGCCUGGCUUGGCUGCCCCCACCGUCGACGGAGCCGCUAGAUGACCAUGUCGAGGAGGACGAGGUGGUCAAUGAUGCCGGAAGCACCGGGUUGGGUACGACGCCAAAGGGGAGGAUAGGGUCCGCAUUGGCGGGACUGAGCGGGUAUGGCAUGGGAUCGAUCGUCAAGGCUUUGACGUCGGUCACCUCCCCGAGCAGGCCCCCUGCGCUCCGCAAAACCACCACACCGGGUCGUCCAGGUUCUUCCACUGCCGACUUUGCCGUUACGCCCUCUCCGGCCGAGGUCGCCAAGGUCGCCGUCGUGGCGAGUACAAUGCCGUAUGACGAUGGACCAUCGUACAUGGGCGGCGGUACAGCUACUUUAUCCACCGUCUCCUUUUCGGAAGCCAUCGACCCAUCUGUCGUCGGCACACAUGACCACGUCGAUAUCGUCACGGAUGACGGGGCCAUGUCGGCCAGUUCGUCCAACUUUGCCCGUCGGAGCAACGGCCGGGCCAAGCUCUCUUCCCGUAAGGGCAGCAUAGGAGCCGUUCCCCCUCCCCUACCUGAACGGCAGAACGCCCUUGUUCGCCCAGCAGCCUCCACCACUAGCGCACUGUGGAACCUCUCCAGCUACUUUACCCGCUUCGCCCCAUUCGCAAUAUCCUCAGUCAUAUCUCCCUACGCCACCGCUCCCAUACCUCCGCGCACAUCCCAACCACCUUCCCAAAUGUCGACCGUCCCCACCACCGUUACUUCCACGGCACUCACCUCGCCGGAGGCUGAGCCCGCCGAGCCUCUUCCCGCUCUUCGCUCGCGCCCGGACUCGCCAGAUAGUCCGGCGCAACAGCUGGUCCGCUCGGUCCCCAUGGACAUUGCGAUCCCCGCCUGCAGCGUCAGCCCGGAAGACGUGGACAUCCAAGCCAAUGCCCAUCGAUCGUGCGUUGAUCGGGAUCGUCUUCGGAGCUCUCGAUCUCGGGCGCGGAGCAGGUCAAGGCGGAGAAGUAGGAGCCGGAGCUCGUCGGCGGGUAGGGUGCUUGAUCGGGAAACGCGCAAUGAGGAUUUGGGGAAGGGCGUCGGGAUGUCCAACCAGGGUCCCGAUGCGGACGCGGAUGUGAGCGAUGAGGAGGGUGUGGCGGACCGGCGCCGAAGGGGAAGGGAGAGAGGAAGGGGGAGGGAGGUAGGGGACGAGAAGGAGAGGGGUAGGGGAAGGGGCAGAGAUCGGUCCGUCAAGGUCAUCUAG